AUGGGUGAUUUGUUUCCGAGUAUACAGAGGAGUACGCUGGCCAGUGACGUAGACGGCGAUAAUUGGAGUGUUCCUGGCCUUGAUGAGUACAGCACUGAUGAAGAGUUGGCUUCCGUGGAACUAUUCAAGGACUAUCCGGAAGGACUGCUGCGCUUUGCAUCAGUAUGCUGCGUUUUAUUCAUGCUUGUGGGAAUCCCCGGCAAUUUCAUCACUAUCGUGGCGUUGGCGCGCUGUAAAAAAGUGCGUAAUGCAACAGCCGUUUUUAUAAUGAACCUGUCCUGCUCUGAUCUGCUGUUCUGCUGCUUUAACCUGCCCCUAGCAGCGUCUACGUUUUGGCAGCGCUCGUGGGCACAUGGGCGGACCCUAUGCCGGAUGUUCCCUCUGGCCAGAUACGCCUUGGUUGCAGUCUCACUAUUUACAGUGCUUGCUAUCACUAUCAACAGAUAUGUUAUGAUCUCGCAUCCUAGACUUUAUCCCAAGUUAUAUAAAAAACAAUAUCUGGCCUUGAUGGUAGCAGGAACAUGGCUUUUCUCAUUCGGGGCUCUUAUCGCGACGUGGCUCGAAAAAUGGGGUCGUUUCGGUCUAGAUCCAUCCAUUGGAUCGUGUUCAAUUCUUCCAGAUCACAAUAAUCGUUCUCCCAAAGAAUUUCUUUUCGUUGGCGCGUUCAUGCUUCCCUGCUUAGCUAUAGUUAUUUGCUAUGCACGUAUAUUUUGCAUUGUUAGAGAAGCUGCUAGACGCUCCAGAGCGCCUUUCAAGGGGAGACCGCGUCCUGGUUUAGAAGAUUCCGCAGUCGGUUCCGCAUCCACUGCGCUAGAACGCUCGCCAGGCCCGGAAAAUGGUGUCAAUCACAGUAGUGUACCUAGGAAGGCACUUCUAGCACCACCCAUACUUCAUUGUCCAGUCACCCCAGGUCCCGAACGGUCGUCAUCUUCCGGGGUGGACACUCUGGAUGGUCAUGAUGAUGAAUGCGCUCUAGAUGCAAAGCCCCGAACUCCAAGUGGCGGAGAGACUGCUAAGCGCCUCCGACAAGCAGCGGUCGUUCUAAAGCGAUCACCAGCACCCAUUAGGGCUCCCCGUUUGACUCCAAAGGACAGAAAAUUACUAAAAAUGAUAAUGGCAAUCAUGUUAUCGUUCUGGGUGUGCUAUCUGCCAAUAACGUUGACAAAGAUAUUCCGCGAGUUCACGUCACACCCCGCGGCGAACAUCGCGGGCUACAUACUCAUAUACCUGACGACGUGUAUCAAUCCUAUUAUAUAUGUGGUGAUGUCGAGCGAAUACCGGCAAGCUUACAAGAACCUAUUAAUGUGUAAGCGAAGGGCGUGA